AAAAAGAAAAGUGACUUCAAUUCUCGAAGACCCAACAAGAAAACAAACUGAAAAAGUUGGUGAGAAGUAUGGUAUUAGUAGAACAACCCUGUAUACUACCACAUUCUGUAGAGUGUUAGAGAGAGAGAGAGAGAGAGAGAACCAAAAGUGAGUGAGAGUGAGAGAGAGAAACCAGAUAGAGAGAGAGAGAGAGAGAGGGACAACAAGAAAGAAAAGGAUUAUAGCAGUCACAGUAAUCUCUGAGUGAAGUUCUGAUCUGGGUUUUGUGUGUUUGGGUUUCUUGAUCUGGGAAAUUUGGCAAACCGGGAUGGAAAACCGGAAUGGAGAACCGGGUCUACAAAGUCUGUAUCAACGGAGGAGAUCAUCUUCUUCAACAACAGCUUCCUCUGUUCAUGAUGAUAGGAUGUUGGCAGGUUGUUCAAGUUCAUCAUUGUUGUCACCGACCAGAAGAUUAAGGAGUGAAGCAGCAGCAGCAACAUCAUCAGCCGUAUCAGUACAUUUUCCCAUGAACACACAAAGAUUGGACUUACCCUGCAGCAGUAGUAACUUCCCCCGCAAGGAAACACCUUCCAGCCGACCACUUGGACGCAGCAUCUCACUCGACAACAUCAACAGCAACAACAACAACAACAACAAAACUGGUGGAUGUUCGCUUAAGCAGAGCAUAAAGCUUCCACCUUUGGCAACUACAAGAGGAAAUGCAGAUGGGUUUUCAUGGAACAACGACAACAACAACAACAGAGAGAAGAAGAGUUUGAAGAGAUUGGCUGAAGACAAGGAGGACGAGUCUUGUCUGAGCAGAGUGAAGAGGCAAAGAGGUGAAACAGGAGAUGAACACAACAUGGGUUUCUGGUUUGAUCAUUUCACUCCAGCAUCAUUACCCUUUUCUUUGACAUGUUCAGGUGAUAAUGAUGAAAAGUUGAUCUCUACUCAGCCUUUACGGGGUCAUCCACACUGGGUUAACUCGGUUAUCACCGAGUUAGCUGGUUUAGGCGAUAAGGACAUCGAGAGUAACCGUCCUGCUUCAGGAUCAUCAACAAGCGCAUCAGCAGAGAGUCAUAGCUUCAGACACAGAGUACCAGAACCCACAAACGGUUCAAGGCAUCCAUAUACACAACACGGAGGCAGCGCAGAGAGAAGGACCAUUGAGAACAUCAACAACAACAACAACAACAAUCACAGGAACGACACACAGAGAGAUUUGGAGCUUGUGAAUCUCCUUACCGGAUGCUUAGAAGCGAUCAGAACAAGAAACAUAGCAGCGAUCAACCAUUUCAUCGCAAGAACCGGUGAACUUGCUUCUCCUAGAGGAACAACACCAAUGACUCGUCUCAUAGCUUACUACACCGAAGCUCUAGCUCUAAGAGUGGCUCGCAUGUGGCCUCACAUCUUCCACAUCACACCGCCUCGUGACUUCGAGGACGAGUCAGCAAACGCGUUGAGGUUCUUGAACCAAGUGACACCAAUCCCAAAGUUCAUUCACUACACAGCGAACUCGAUGCUACUCAGAGCGUUCGAAGGGAAAGAGAGAGUUCACAUCAUCGACUUCGACAUCAAGCAAGGCUUACAAUGGCCCAGCUUCUUCCAAAGCCUAGCUUCAAGGCCCAAUCCACCACGACACGUGCGCAUCACAGGCGUUGGAGAAUCCAAACACGAGCUCAACGAGACGGGAGACCGUCUCCACGGCUUCGCGGAGGCGAUGCAUCUCCAGUUCCAGUUCCAUCCCGUGGUGGAUAGGCUCGAGGACGUUAGGCUGUGGAUGCUUCACGUCAAGGAAGGCGAAGCCGUCGCCGUGAACUGCGUUUCGCAGAUGCACAAGACGCUUUACGACGGGACAGGAGCUGCGGUUAGAGACUUUGUGGGUUUGGUCAGAAGCACCAACCCUGUAGCUGUCGUUAUUGCAGAACAGGAAGCGGAACACAACUCCGUGCAGCUCGAGACGAGAGUGUUUAACUCGCUAAAGUACUAUUCCGCGGUUUUUGACGUGAUGCACAAGCGUCUCGGUGCGGAUAGCUUGAUGAGGGUUAAGAUCGAGGAGGUUUUGUUCGGGAGAGAGAUCAGGAGCAUUGUGGCGUGCGAAGGAAGUCAUCGGCAGGAGAGGCAUGUGGGUUUUGGGCAGUGGAGGAGGAUGCUGGAGCAGUUAGGGUUUAUGAGUCUUGGAGUUUCGGAGAGAGAGGUUUUCCAGAGCAAGAUGCUGCUUAGGAUGUAUGGAGAUGGCGAUGAGGAGUUCUUUAAUGUAGAGAGGAGCGAUGAAGAUGGAGGAGGAGUCACGUUGCGGUGGUUGGAUCAGCCGCUUUACACGGUCUCGGCUUGGAGUGUCGGAGGGAGUUCUUAGGGAUUUGGAUGAAUAUUAUACAUUUAGGGAUUUGGAGUCUAUAGAGAAAUGGGUAUAAGUUUUUUUUUUUUAAAGAAAAUUGGUUUUAUUCUUUUAUUCUUUUUCUUGGGGUGGGAAAUUUUUAUAAAUGAAGGCUUAGAAGAAAUAUUUGUAUUGGUUUGGAUCUUAUAUUCUUUUCUUUUUUUUUUUGUCAUCCAUCUUAUAUCCUUUUAUGAAUAAAAAAAUGAAGUAAUUUUAU